UGAAAAAGACUUUUUUUUCUUCCUUUUUCAUUUCUGUCACGAUAAGAUCCGCGCUUGAGAUAUCGCAAAGAUAGUGAAAAAAUUUUAGUCGUAAAGCCGUAAGCAAAUCAAUCAAUCACAAUUAAAUAUUCUAAUUCUAGUUUAUCUAAUUAGGUUACCCAGUUGUUAGAAUGCUUGAUUGUGAUUGGUCGCUUUGCUUACGGCUUUACGAUUACGACUAAAAUCUUUUCACGUGCAAUGGCCUUAUUACUCGUCCACAUUUAUAUGUUUUACGUCUUGUUCGGCGGAGUCAUUCGUUCGUACGCUAUCCUCACAUCGCAAUGGAAUUAUUUUCGUUUUUAUUUUCGUCGCCCUUCAGGUUGUUACUAACCACUCUGAUCAUUAUCGGCAUCUUGAAAUUUGUUGCACUGGUGUAUCGUGCAUAUUUUUACUGGAGAGGUAAAGGUGUUCCUUAUCUGCCCGAUUCACUACGGUCUCUUGUAAUGGGUUGGAAGGUAUUUCUGCGUCGUCUGAGUUUUACCGACCAUAAUCUUUUUUUAUACAAUUACUUCCCGAACGCUAAGUAUUGUGGAAUGAUGGAAUUUGCCACACCUGCCGUGCUUCUACGCGAUCCUGAACUGAUCAAGGAUGUUUUGGUGAAGGACUUUGAAAUUUUUCACGAUCAUCGUAGCUUUGUGGACUUUCUGGACCCGCUAUUCAGUAAGAAUAUCUUUCUCUUACGCGGAGAUCGCUGGAAGGAAAUGAGAAACACGUUAAGUCCCUCUUUCACCACUAGCAAGAUGAAGAUUAUGUUUGAUUUAGUAUUAAAAUGUUCUCGUGAAUUCGUCAAUUACUUGAUCGAUCAUCCGGAACUGUGUGUUGCGAUUGAGACGAAGCAAAUCUUCAGACGGUACACCACUGACGUAAUUGCUACAACGGCUUUUGGCAUAAGCGUGAAUUCUAUGAAAGAUUCAAACAACGAGUUCUACGUAAAGGGAAUAGAAGUCACCAAGGCUUUUAGUGAAUUCCUAACUUUGUUCAAAUUCACGUUUAUGCGUAUAUUUCCGCGUUUUGCCAAGAUGCUCGGUAUGACGGGAUUCAAUUUAACGUCUACAGCCGAGUUUUUCAAGAGGUUUGUUGGAGAGACCGUCAAAGCUCGAAACGAGCAAGGUAUCGUCAGGCCGGAUAUGAUUCAAUUAUUACUGCAAGCUCGGGACAAAAAUGAUCCCAGCGUUCACAAAAUGACAUUGGAUGACAUCGUUUCACAAGCUUUCGCCUUUUUCUUAGCCGGUUUUGACACAACCUCGACGCUGAUGUGUUUUGUCGCUCACGAGCUGGCGGUUAAUCGAGAUAUUCAAGAUCGCGUGCGCGAGGAGGUGCAGCAGCAUGUCGCCGAAAAUAACGAGAUUUCUUAUGAAUCGCUAUCGAAGAUGACUUAUAUGGACAUGGUGAUUAACGAGACGCUUCGAAAGUAUCCACCAGUGAUCUUCACCGAUAGAUUUUGUACUAAGAGUUACGAGCUGCCUCCGUCGCAGCCAGGUUGUAAGAGCGUAACCAUCGAACCUGGUAGCGUAAUGAUGAUAUCCAUUUAUGGUUUACAUCGUGAUCCCAAAUACUUUCCGGAUCCAGAUAAAUUUGAUCCCGAACGAUUCAGCGAAGAAAACAAAAACAAUAUUGUUCCGUAUACUUAUUUACCUUUUGGACACGGGCCUAGAAAAUGUAUUGGCAAUCGAUUUGCUCUCAUAAAUACCAAGAUUCUGAUAGCUCAUCUUUUGCAAAAAUUUAUCCUGAAGAGAACGGAAAAAACUGUCGAGCCUGUUGUAUACGAUAAGAGUGAAUUCAAUCCGACACUUGAAGGUGGAUUCUGGAUCAGUUUGGAGAAAAGAGAAAUAUGAUGAGUUUAUGUAUGAAAAAUAAAUUAUUUUUUGAUAGUUGAAAAAGACUAUCGAUGCAUUUAUAAUUUUUUUUAAAAAUGUUUAAUCGUGUUAAUUUUUUAGCUUUUGAAAAGGGUCAAAGUCCAGGAUCUAUUUACGAUACAUCAUCAUUGUGUCAUUUGAAUAUUAUGUAAAUUUAAUAUUAUAUAUUUUAUUGUUUUAUCUUUAUUACGUUAUUAAAUUAUUGCAGGUGAAGAAUGCCAAAGUGAAAUAUUAUGAGCACUGUGUAUUGUGAUUAAAAGUAAGAAUAUAUGUUG